AUGAAAUCACUUCAUGCGCUUUUUGCAGCGGCUGCUUUCCUCCCAUCUCUCAGUCUCGCAGUUUCUUCAGGGCAGUCGCAAGAUAUACCACAGAGGCCGUCUUGGGAUUACUGUUCCCCGAACCUAUAUUGUCAUACCGACGUCGAUUGCCGGAAUACUGUGGAUUGCCGGCAGAAGGCAUGGAAAUUGGAAAAGCUGGAGAAUACGAGACUAAAUAUCAUUAUCGUUUUCAUAAGAACCAUGAUUGGAGGGUUAUCUUCUGCGGUCUACUUUUCUCGUCACAUUCCUGCUGGACAUGGGAAGUAA